CUUCCUCUGCGACGGUUCCAUACUCCGAGUCUCUCUCGAUCCAGCCAUGGCGGCGGAGGAUCCGCCGGCAGGUCUUAUGGACAUCGCCAGCACUCUGUCCCAGGAUGAAAUUCCAUUCAAGCUGCGAUGCGCCAUCUGCAACAAGUUGGCGGUGAAUGCCUUUCGCCUUCCUUGCUGUGACCAGUCAAUCUGCGAGUCCUGCCAAACAUCUCUCCCCGAUACCUGCUCCGUAUGCGCGCAUACUCCGCUCUCGCCAGAUCUGUGCAAGCCCAACAAGGCACUUCGAACUACGCUCAAGGCCUUUUUGCGCACGGAGGAGAAGAAACGGGAGAAGGAACGACAGUCAGCGGCACCUGUCACUCCCGUGAUCACCACCCCCGCGGAGAAAGAUGUGACUCCUACGGAGCCAGUUCCCGAGCAGAAGCAACCCGUCGAGGCUUCGAUUGAGAUUCCCGAGACUGCUGCGCCCGUGGAGUCGAAAGAUGUGGAGGCUACAAACGAAGCUCCGGUUGUCGAUGCGGUAGUCGACACGGAUGCGCCCGAGCCACCUGCGUUGGCGACUGAGUCUGAAACAAAUGGCCACGCCGAGCCAGAAGGUGACCAGGCUCCCGAUGCCAGCACUGCCCCCGCUACCGACGCAGAUGCCCAGCCCACUACCAACGGUGACGAGCCGGCUGGAGAUGAAUCGGCCUCGAAGGAUCCGUCCGAACAGUCUGAUGCCAAUAUGAUGAACGCGAACCCCGCGGGCUUCCCCGGUAUAGGAGGUUGGAAUGGAAAUAUCAACUUCAACGGGAUGAACCCUUACAUGGCAAAUUCCAUGUUCAAUUUCCCCAACGGCAUGGGAAUGCCCAUGGCGAUGGACCAAAUGGCCGCAAAUCAGGGGAUGUACGGAAUGAACAUGACUGGUAUGGGCAUGAACAUGGGAAUGAACUUCAACGGGCAGGGCAUGUAUGGAUCUUCAGGAUGGGAUGGCUCUCAGCAAAACAUGUGGCAAGCCGGCCAAGAUAAAUUCAAUCCCAAUGCUUUCGCAAAUGGCACAGGCCCUCCCUAUGGAGGAGGAGCAUUUGGCGGAUCUAAUAUGUCUUACCCUUCUAACACGGACUAUCAGGCUGGUUACUAUGGGCCCGGAUACGGCCGUGGAGGUGGGUAUCGAGGUCGUGGUCGUGGCUAUUAUCACGGUGGUCCCGGUCGAGGUGGAUAUGGAGGCUCUGGACAGGGUCAUUUCUCUCCUACUGGUAACUCUGGUCUUCCUAACGGUCAGCCGGCCCCCGGUGGCGGCCUAGCCGGAACUGAUGGUACUGCUGGCAACAGUCAAGAUCCCUCUCGGAUGAAUGAGAAUGCUGGUACAGACCCCGUAUCGAAUGGAAAUGCACAAACCGCAGAUGGCACUGCAGAGGCAGAUAAUGAGGGCCAGCAAUUACAAGGAAUCCCCACUAUUGACAGCCUGGAUCAAGCCUCUGGUUCGAUGGAGCCAAACGGGUAUCAAAACCAUAUGGGCCCAGGAUAUGGCCGUGGCGGGUACAUGCGAGGCCCUAUGCCCGGAGGUCGUGGGGGUGGUUACUGGGGCGGAAUGCCUAAUUCGUAUCUACCUCAGAUGCCGCCCCAAAAUCCUGGCGUGGAGGGCGCGCCUGCUGCACCACGCGCAAUGCGACAAGGUCUCCCAAAUACGAGUGUACUACGGCAACGAGGAUUCCAUGCUCAUGGAAAAGCAUCGGUUAGCAGUAAUACACCGACACACUCUCAAAGGGGAAACUCUGAAAUUCCCCAGGAUGCCAUGCGCACUCGAUCUCCCUCGAAAGCUCCUUCUCAAGCGCAGGGGCCAGGAUCGCGAUCCCGUUCGCCAUCUCAGGGUCGAGCUUCUCGAGCUCGUUCACCCGAUGAGAAUCGGGUCAACCAGAGAGAGACAGACUCACAACGACCAGAUACUAUGCGGCAGCCCCAAUUCGCUAACCGCCGCUCGCGCUCCCCGUCAAGGAUGUCAUCUCGACGAUCAUCACGACGCAGGGAUCGUGACGAGGAUCGAGAGCGAAAGAGUGGACAGCGUUCACAUCGAUCUCGCCGUCAGCAUAGUCGAGGCGGCAGCCGCAGUCGCAGUCUCACGAGGAAUGGAGACCCCCGCCAUCCCGAUCGUUUGAAGCAAGUUGCCGAAGAGAAGGAACCGAAUGGUCACAGCAAGAUAUCAUCCGAUACUGGUGAUCGUGGUGAUCUCGCCAGCCGUAUCAGUAACGGUCAUCGAUCUGGGAGGGAUGGACACAGUCGGCGUGAAGAAGAUCGAGAGCGAGACCGCGAUCGCGAUCGCGAUCGUGACCGCGCUCGAGAUAGCCGUCAUCGUGAUAAAGAUCGGGAGCAGAAUCUACGGGAUCGCGACCGGGACUCGGAGCGAGAUCGCCGUCAAAACCGGGACCGUGAGCGAGAGCGAGAUCGCGAACGUGGUCGCGGAGGGGAACGGGAACGGGAACGGGAACGCGAUCGUGGUCGUGACCGUGGUGCUGAUCGUGAGAGGGAGCGCAAGCGUCGUCGCGACCGAUCUGAAUCGCCUAACGCCAACGCCAACGAUCGCCCCUCCCAGCCUCAAGCUCGUCGCGUAAAAACCAACGGUGAAGAGCCGAAACGCGACCAACCACGAGCUCAAGCAGCGAAAUCAGAAUCUGAAAAAGAUCCCUACACUCUCGAACGAGAAGCCCGCAACCGCGAGCGCCUCCUGCGUGAACAACAGAAUCGAGGCAGCGUCAAAUCGAGCAACUCCAAAUCCAGCCACCGUCGCGACAGUCGUCAGGAACGCCUCGUUGGUGGCCGGCGCAUCAAUUACAAGUACGAAGAUGAGCUCUAGAUUGAGAUCCUGUGAGAUUAGGCCAAUCAGGUCAGGUAACUUCAGACCAGACCAGACUAGGCUCGGCGAGAUCUGAAUACGACAGAUAUAUCACGGCAUAUCUUGAUGACGAUAACAAAAGUUUCCAUGGCACGGGAAUGGCGUCAGGCAUCGUCUCUGUUUGUUUUACUUUUGCUGCUUCUCUCUUCGUCCUUUUCUGGGGGUUUUUUCCCUCCCCUUUUUACUUACUACUUCUUGCAUGUUUUUAUUCUUCUUUCGCUGUUCACCCAGUGGAUCUGGGUGGAUGGGCAUUGCAUCUGGUUCUGGUUGCCUAGGUAGAUAUGGGAUAUGAAAUGGGCGAGAGGCAAAAGUGCCCUCGGUAGAUAGUUUACCCUGAG